GCAUGAGGCGGUUUUAAAAAAUGCGGCAAAAAAAUGACCUAACAUAAUUGCAUGGUGUGCUUUCGCUGUAAAGCCUAUGUGUUCCUAAAGAAGAGGUUAACUUCUUUAGGAACACAGCCCUAAUGUUGGUAACUAACAUCAUUAUGUUGUCAUCCAGAGUAACAUUGAAUUAUUUUCCAUGCUACCACACAUACAGCAGGUUUUUAAAGGACCAAAGAGUUUGGUCUCCUUUGUGUUUUAAGUUUUGCCAUGGAAAAGAUAUCAUGAUACUGGUAUCAUCACAGCCCUAAUGGAUUAUAUUUUCUCUGUAUCUACAGACUGAUUGGCUUUGAACUCUCUAUGGAGGACUACGAAUCACUGGCCUCCAUUCUCCAAUCAGCAGACUCACAUCUAAGAGAGCUGCACCUGGACGACAUCGGGGAGCGUGAUCCUGAUGGUGACGAUGAUCCUGAUGGUGACGAUGAGGCCAGACUGACUGUUCUCGUUGCUGCGCUGACUGUUGUCCUCGCUGCAUUGAAACAUCCACACUGUAAACUGGAGACACUGAGACUGGGUGGCUAUAAACUCUCUGAAGAGCACUGUGGAUUACUGCCUUCUGCUCUCCAAUCAGCAGACUCACAUCUGAGAGAACUGGACCUGAGAGACACUAAGCUGUCUGAUGGUGGUGGGAGGGAACUCUUUACUUCUCUGAAACAUCAGAACUGUCAACUGCACAAACUGCGACUGUCUAGCUUUAGACUCUCUGAAGAGGACUGGGGAUCACUGGCCUCCGUUCUACAAUCAGCGGACUCACCUCUGAGAGAACUGGACCUGGACCUGAGGAACAGUGGACUGUCUGACGGUGGUGGGAGGGAACUCUUCACUGCUCUGAACCAUCCACACUGUAGACUACAGACACUGAGGCUGAAUGGAUGUUCCCUGACAGAGAAAGGGUGUGAAGCAUUGGCUUCAGUUCUCAGCUCAAACUCCUCUCACCUGAGAGAGCUGGAUCUGAGUCACAAUGACCUGCAGGAUUCAGGAGUGAAGGUGCUCUCUGAUGGACUGGGGAAUCCACACUGUCAACUAGAGAAACUGAGGCUGUCAUUCUGUAGAGUCACAGAGGAAGGCUGUGCUUCUCUGGCUUCAGCUCUGGGGUCAAACCCCUCCCAUCUCAGAGAACUGGACCUGAGCUUCAAUCACCCAGGAGACUCUGGAGUGAAGCUGCUCUCUGCUAGACUGGAGGAUCCACACUGUAGACUGGAGAAACUCAAUGUGGACCAUACAGAAGAGAUCUGGGUUAAACCACAGCUGAUGACGAAAUAUGCCUGUGAUCUCACACUGGACCCAAACACAGCACACAGAAACCUCUCUCUGUCUGAGGGGAACAGAAGGGUGGAGAGGGUUAAAGAGGAGCAGCCGUAUCCUGAUCAUCCAGAGAGAUUUGAUCACUAUACCCAGGUGUUGUGUAGAGAGGGUCUGACUGGGCGCUGUUACUGGGAGGUAGAGUGCAGUGGGCUGGCUGACAUUGGAGUGACAUGUAAAGGCAUCAGUAGAAAAGGAGAUGGUUCUGCCAGUGAAUUUGGAUACAAUAAGAAGUCCUGGCGUCUGAUCUGCCGUGGGAAUCAUUACGGUGCCCUCCACAAUAGUCAAUAUACUAAUACAAGCAUAAUACAUGCUCCACACCUCAUCAACCCUCCUCAACCCCAGAGAGACCAGUCCUCCUCCCCUCCACACCUCAUCAACCCUCCUCAACCCCAGAGAGACCAGUCCUCCUCCCCACGCCGCAUCAACCCUCCUCAACCUCAGAGAGACCAGUCUUCCUCCCCUCCACGCCUCAUCAACCCUCCUCAACCCCAGAGAGACCAGUCCUCCUCCCCUCCACGCCUCGGAGUAGGAGUGUUUCUGGACUGGCCGGUCGGCACACUUUCCUUCUAUGAGAUCUACUCUGACACAAUGAGCCAUGUGUACACAUUCCAGACCACAUUCACUGAGCCCCUCUACCCAGGGUUUAGUGUUUCUAAUGAGGGCUCUUCAGUGUCCCUGAGCCAGGUAGAGUCGUCUCCUAUGUCCUCUAGGAACACCUGGGUCUCCAUAGAAACACAGUCACACUCCUGUUCUAACUCAACCAUGUGACAUGAUGGGGUGUUGUUGUCAGUGAUCAUGACAUCAGAUAUGGACAUUGUAACAGAUAAAUGUUGUUGACAGAGAUCAUGA